GAAAAAACCAAAGAAAAUGCAGAUUGCUCGAGUACAAUUACAAGAAUAAAACAGAAACAAGAAGAAAAAGAGAGACAGAGAAAUGGAAUCGUGGAACUCACAGCAGGUUCUCGAUCUCCUUAUAAUCUUCGUAGCUAUGGCUCUGCUAUCUGCAUCUUCUUCUAUUUGCGCUUCGGAUCAGAUGACAAAUGGAGGCGUAGGGCGUAGAGUGUUGCUCGGUUUCAAAGAAAAACCAAGAGGAAGUAACCUUACUUUUGAUUGUUCUCCUUCCGGCGCUUGCGUUCCUUGCCUUUACUCUGAGAAGAGUGAUGAAAAAUAUCGUUGCAGUGAGACUGGCUAUCGCAUCCCUUUAAAAUGUGUUGAAAUUAAAGAUAAUGCAAAGGAUGGAAAUGAGAAGAAAUCUCAUAAUAGUCGAUCUGCUGUAGAGAUCUCUCAGGAAAUUGCAAAACCACAAGUAACAUUGCAUGACACUGUUUCAAAUAAGGAUAGAAGUUUACUGGAUGAUGGAUCACAGGCAUACAUUACGUAUAGAAGCUGUAUACCUCCGGUUAGUGAAGAGAAGGUAUCAGUAUUUGGCUUUGAGGGGAUUGUCUUCUGUUUGUUCCUCAUAAGUGGUUCAGUUGUAUACUUCCGAAGAAAGCAGACUGCUACCAUGUCAGGAGUUGGAGGAGGAAGGAUUCAAAUGAGCUCCAGAUUCUAACUCAGGCUUUCAAGUUUUGAGAGUUUCUUUAUCCCAGGCUGUUUAUUUAGUGAUACAGAUGUUUUGAUGCUAUAAUAGAUAGUUUAUUGUCCAUAUUUGCAGCUUGUAUGUCUUCUCUCUUCUACUAAUUUUCGUAGUCUAGGGGCUAGUUCUUCUUUCUGUGAUAUGAUUCUUUUCUGGAUUUCCUCUAUUAAACCAUUUAAAUAUGGACAACGCACCCUAUUGUUGUAUUUUAGUUGGCAAGCAAUGAUAAUUUCUGGUUUGCUCA